AUGAGUCAUAUUGAUUUUAUGUACGAGUUCAAGACAUCUUCCACGCACGGUCGCCAAUUACCACCAUCUUCUUCGUCGCAAUUGCCUCCGCUUGCGCACACACAACCCACACAACAGACACGAUUAGAACCAACUCCCGUUCCUAUUGAAACCACCACUGGUGGAGACAAGGAGUCGUUAUGCACGCUUUCAUCGUCCAUUCAUGAGCAGCCGUAUGUGACUGAAGUACUUGCUACUGCCAAGGUAUUUGCUACUGCUCGUAAUGGGAGUGAUGUUGUCAUUCGCUGCUUAUUGGACCCCGGGUCACAAAAGCAUUAUAUUACUUCUAAGUGUUGUUUAAAAUUGGGUUUAACCAUGCAGCCGGACGCACAUACCACCGUUAAGGGUAUAGGUGGCGCCACUGAACCAGUUAAGGGUAACUUACCAACAUGUCAAAUUGAUGUUGGCGCGCUCAGUUACUUAACUAAUAUUCCGCUCGCAGAUGAUACGUGGGGAACACCAUCAGAAAUUGACCUUUUGAUUGGUGUCAAUCUAUUCGCGACCCUUUUGUCUGGAGACAAUCUCUUAAGAGUUGGUGGUCGUCUGACUCAUUCUGAUGAAGAUUUCGAUUAUAAACACCCUAUAUUACUUCCGGGCAGAGAUCAUAUAGUUCAAUUAAUUGUAACACACUUUCAUCGUAAAAACCUGCAUACAGGCCCAGAAUGGUUAAUGUCAAUACUACGUACUAAAUAUUGGAUUCUCGCAGCUCGACGUAUGAUUCGCACGAUCGUAGCUAAUUGUAAUAUUUGUUUCCGCAAUAAACCGCGUCCUACAUUCCCACCGAUGGGUGAUCUGCCUGCACUAAGGGUGAAGGAAGUUCCUAAAGCCUUUGUCCAUUGUGGCUGUGAUUUCGCAGGUCCGUUUUUUGUAACCCCUUAUCGCGGUCGUGGUAUAACCACUCGCAAAGCAUACGUUUGCUUAUUCACGUGCUUAACCACUCGGGCUGUUCAUAUUGAGCUCGCAAGUGAAUUGAGUACAGUUUGUUUUCUCGCCGCGUUAAAACGUUUUCUCGCUCGCCGCGGUCCUAUUCAAUGCAUGUAUACGGAUCAUGGUACUAAUUUUAUAGGGGCACGAUCCUACCUACGUGAACUUUAUUUGUUUUUAUCGCAAGAAUGUAGAUCUGUUUGGGAUAAGGAAUUAGCUAACAAUGGAAUUAAAUGGACCCUUAUCCCUCCUAACGCACCGCAUUUUGGAGGAUGCUGGGAAAGUAAUAUAAAAUGUGUCAAAAGCCAUCUAAGUAAAGUCAUUGGGCUACAAAUUUUAACCUUUGAAGAACUUACGACUGUUCUUACACAAAUAGAAUCGCUAUUAAACUCUCGCCCAUUGACCGUCUUAAGUUCAGAUCCGUCGGACCUGGAAGCAUUGACACCUGCUCAUUUUCUUAACACUAUACCGCUAAAACACUUCCCAGCACAUGACGUAAGUGACACUAUUCCUCAUCUUUUGAAACGACACGAGCUUUUAGACCAACUCGUUCAAUCGUUUUGGAAGAGGUGGCAUCGGGAAUAUUUGCAUACGUUGCAAUUGAGACGCAAAUGGAACACGCCGGCCUUUCCUAUCCAGGAAGGCACGAUAGUAGUUGUUAUGCAGGAGAAUUUAACUCCAUUACAUUGGCCUCUUGGUCUUAUAACACGAGUUUAUAAGGGUAAGGAUGGCAUUAUUCGCGUUGCCUCAGUCAAAACAAAGGCUGGUAUUUUUCAAAGGCCAGUGGUAAAAUUAUGUCCAUUGCCUUUGCAAUAA